AUGUUUAACACUUCUUCAGGUUAAAGAAUUAGAUAUGUUAAGGAAGCAUCGGGAGCAAAGUCAACCACCUAAAGUUUUAAAUAUAAAUCUAAAGAAUGCGAUUUAUCAGCAAAUGAUAGCACAUCAUCAGCUCACCUUAAACCUUUAAUUUAAGUCAAAUAAUCUUAUAAUUAGCCCUUUGCAACAGCUUUACCUUUGCGAAAGUUGGCAAGUCCUUAAAAGUAAGUCCCGAUGGAUGGGAGAAUUGUUGAGAGAACUUACUCAUCUGUUAGAACAAGCAAUUAUGUAAAGAGGUCGUCUGUUGCUCCUGAAAAAAGAGUAGAAAAUAAAAGUGUUAUUUAUGAAAAAAGAUCAAUAAAAAUGCCGAUUUGUCCUCCAUCAUCUACAAAUGUAAUUGAAGAGAAGCUUGAAGAUGAUUAAAUCUAAGGCCAAGGCAGUGAAAUGUAAAGUCAAAAAAGAAGGAAGAGUAUCACAUGUUUUGAGUUGACAGCUUACACUAAUUAAUAACAAGACAAUCAGGAAAUAAUCGAGAUGAUGUCUAAAUAUUCAGAAAAAGAAUUGAAACAAGUUUAAAAUAUAAGAGUGAUAAUAAAUGGCCAAUUUGAUGAAAGAGAAAUUCAUGUAGACAUUAGUUCAAUACCCUUUGAAUGGAGAUUAGAGUAAAUUGCAUAAUCAUUAAAUGAGAUCUAUAAAUCAUAAUUUAAUUAAAGUCUUCGCAAUCCUGCUAUUUCAGUACUUAUAGGAAAGAUUUAGACCAAGAAGUUAAGUAAGGAUAUGAAAAAAUAUGAACUUGUUUUAAUGUCUUUAAAAGGACAACUCAAAGAAUCUUUGAUAGUAUUAGAAGAUAGUUCUUGA